ACAGCAGCCGAAAACACCCACGCUAUUCAUCUUAACGAUGUAGCCCAGCCUCAUUGAAAACUUGUAGAUUAAGUACCCGGUUGGCAUUGUGCGUUACCUCAGUUGGGGAAUUCAGGUGGAACUUCUCUUCCUGUGGCGAUCUUUUAUCGCAGAGAUUGUGGAAUGCUGCUGGACGAGUCUCCACUUUUUGAGCCCUCUCUGCUUCAGGAGCUAGACUGGAGUAGCAACACGGUCUCCUUCUCUCCUCCUAUCUCCCCGUCCAGCCCUGGGGAAGGCCUGGUGCUGAGGCCACUCUGUACGGCAGACUUCAACCGAGGGUUCUUCAAGGUUUUAUCUCAACUCACCCAGACAGGCGAUGUCACACCAGAGCAGUUCACGAAAAAGUUUGAGCAUAUGAAGAAGACAGGGGACUACUAUGUUGUUGUUGUGGAGGACACAAAUCUGGGACAGAUUGUUGCUACAGCUACAUUGAUCACAGAACACAAAUUCAUCCACUCCUGUGCUAAGAGAGGCCGGGUGGAGGAGGUAGUAGUCAGUGACGUGUGCAGAGGGAAGCAGCUGGGCAAACUGUUAGUUUCAACUCUUACUCUUCUCAGCAAAAAACUAAACUGCUACAAAAUCACACUGGAAUGUGCGCCCAAAAAUGUGGCUUUCUACCAAAAGUUUGGCUACGCCGCUUCAGAUGAGACCUAUAUGCAGUGUCGAUUCUUCGACUGAAGAUAACAGCAGCUUUUUAACCUCCAUUUUGGGGGGGAUGGACCAUAUCUUUUUACACACACUGACAUCAGAACUUGCAGUGACAAAACGUCUUAAGAGGUGGGGGAGCAGCCCGAGGAUGAGCUUGUGGUUGUGACCCUGCUGAGUGGUUUCUGAUCACUCAUCCUGAUUUCAGCACAUUUUAGCAAACAUGAAUGUACGUUUAAGCCCUCCACUCACUCUGACAUCAUCCUCCGCCCCCUUGGUAACCAUGGCUACCUCACCAGGGUGGAGCUCUGACAUCAUCUUCCCCACCAUCAGCAGAGAUGAAUGUCAGUUACUGUAAAUGUCUUAUUGUGUUACACUGCUAAUAAGUAAUUUGCUGUGUGCCGGUAGAGAAUAUACAAAUAUCUGUGACUGCCAUGCAGCAAUCAGUAAAUACAGUUGCUUGGAAAAACAAGAUGGUAUCAAUAUAACUACAUAAUAAGAUAUUUUACAAAAGUGGACAACUUCAGUUCACUCAAACAAAAUGUGUAUGCUUGAAGGACUUGCAGUAGACCAUGAUUCAUACAUUGCUUUGAUCAUUAAGGCGCAAGUCACCAAAGAAUAGCAACUUUUUUUCUUUAUGUGUGAUAGCAAAAUUACUUUUCUAAGAGACUUUGGGUUUUACUUGGGUUUCAUUAUUCUCGGUACAAGGUUCUCCCUCUCUCUUAGAAAACUUUUCUUUCUUUGGCAGCAGUAUUGCUGGAUUACUGUGAUGAAGGUUCGAAUACUACAAGACUUGAAGCAUGAAGUCAAGACUGUUGAAGUGAAAAACCUUUCCAGCAAAAACAAAAAAAAUUUUUUGAGGCGGUAGCAAGAAAUUUAUAGAAGGUUUUUAAAGUUUUUCAUUUGGUUGAUGUUCACAAUCGCUUUUAGGAGAGAACCAGCAAUGGGAAGUGGGUAAUAAUGAUUUUUGUAAACAAACUCUUAUUUAAGCUUUUUCUAGUUACGUUUUAUAAUUAUUAUUCUGGAGAACAGGGGAACAUAUUUAAUGUAAUUUAUUUCCAAAUAUUAUAAUAGUCAAAAUAAAAUAUUCUAUGAUGUACAAUACUGCUUGCCUGUAUUUCUAA